AGUCGCUAUGGGGCAAGGAGGGGCGCGAGCGGAAGUGACGUAGGUCGUGCACACGUGGUCCGGCGUGGUUCACGGGGGUGACUUUGGCCGGGCCUGGGUAGUUCUAAGUUUGUUUCCCCACGUAAGCCGGACCUCGCACUCCGGUCCCGGUCUCGUCGCCAAGAUGGUGAAGCCCAAGUACAAAGGACGGAGCACCAUCAACCCGUCCAGUGCCAGCACAAACCCAGAUCGAGUGCAGGGAGCAGGAGGCCAAAACAUGAGGGACCGGGCCACCAUCCGGCGCCUGAAUAUGUAUAGGCAAAAGGAGCGCAGGAACAGUCGUGGUAAAAUAAUUAAACCCCUGCAAUAUCAGUCAACGGUGGCUUCUGGCACAGUAGCAAGAGUAGAGCCAAAUAUUAAAUGGUUUGGAAACACACGUGUGAUUAAGCAGUCAUCAUUACAAAAAUUUCAAGAGGAAAUGGAUACAGUUAUGAAGGAUCCAUACAAAGUUGUCAUGAAGCAAAGCAAGUUACCAAUGUCUCUUCUCCAUGAUCGAAUCCGGCCUCAUAAAUCGAAGGUCCACAUUCUUGAAACUGAAAGUUUUGAAACUACAUUUGGCCCUAAGUCACAGAGGAAGCGACCAAACUUAUUUGCAAGUGAUGUGCAGUCUCUUAUCGAAAAUGCUGAGAUGUCCACUGAGAGCUAUGACCAGGGCAAGGAUCGUGAUUUGGUAACUGAAGACACUGGUGUGAGAAAUGAAGCUCAAGAAGAGAUCUAUAAAAAGGGACAGUCCAAAAGAAUAUGGGGUGAGCUCUACAAGGUGAUAGAUUCAUCAGAUGUUGUAGUUCAAGUUCUUGAUGCUAGAGAUCCAAUGGGCACUCGUUCCCCUCACAUUGAAAUUUACCUGAAGAAGGAAAAACCUUGGAAACACCUCAUUUUUGUACUUAACAAAUGUGACCUUGUUCCAACUUGGGCAACAAAACGGUGGGUUGCUGUCCUCUCCCAGGAUUAUCCGACACUGGCUUUCCAUGCAAGCCUUACUAACCCAUUUGGCAAGGGAGCAUUCAUUCAGCUUCUGCGGCAGUUUGGAAAGUUGCACACUGACAAGAAACAGAUCAGUGUUGGGUUCAUUGGCUAUCCAAAUGUUGGCAAGAGUUCUGUGAUAAAUACAUUGCGUUCUAAGAAAGUUUGCAACGUGGCUCCCAUUGCAGGUGAAACGAAGGUCUGGCAGUAUAUUACUUUGAUGCGUCGGAUAUUCCUGAUUGACUGUCCAGGUGUGGUUUACCCCUCUGAGGACUCCGAGACAGACAUUGUGCUAAAAGGAGUUGUUCAAGUGGAAAAAAUUAAGAGUCCUGAAGACCACAUUGGUGCUGUACUUGAACGAGCAAAGCCAGAAUAUAUCAGCAAAACAUACAAGAUUGAUUCUUGGGAGAAUGCUGAGGACUUUCUUGAGAAGCUUGCUUUCCGGACUGGGAAGUUACUAAAGGGUGGAGAGCCCGACUUGCAGACUGUGGGUAAGAUGGUCCUCAAUGACUGGCAGAGGGGCCGGAUUCCUUUCUUUGUCAAGCCACCCAAUGCAGAGCCACCUGUGGCCCCCCAGCUUCCACCCUCCCCAUCUUUGGAAGUUGUCCCAGAAGCAGCCCGAAAGAAUCCAGGAGAGGAAGUUACAGAAACUGCAGGUGAGGGGUCAGAAUCCGUCAUUAAGGAAGAAACAGAAGAGAACAGUCACUGUAAUACUAACACAGAGAUGCAGCAGAUUCUCACACGGGUUCGGCAGAACUUUGGUAAAAUCAACGUGGUGCCUCAGUUUUCUGGGGAUGACCUGGUUCCUGUGGAGGUGUCAGAUCUUGAGGAAGAGCUUGAGAGCUUUUCUGAUGAAGAGGAGGAGGAACAGGAGCAACAAAGAGAUGAUGUAGAAGAGUCUUCCUCGGAGCCUGAGGAGGAACAUGUAGGAAACGACACCAAAGCCGUUAUUAAAGCCCUGGAUGAGAAGAUUGCCAGAUAUCAGAAGUUUCUAGACAAAGCCAAAGCCAAAAAGUUUUCAGCAGUCAGAAUAUCCAAGGGACUGAGUGAAAAGAUAUUUGCAAAACCUGAAGAACAAAGAAAAACGCUGGAAGAACAUGUAGAUGAUACAGCACCUUUCAAAAAAGGAAAGAAGCGGAAGGCACAAAGGGAAGAGGAACAGGAACAUUCAAAUAAAGCUCCCAGGGCGCUUACAUCAAAAGAACGGAGGCGAGCAGUACGGCAGCAACGGCCGAAAAAAGUUGGUGUGCGCUACUAUGAAACACACAACGUGAAAAAUAGGAACAGGAACAAAAAGAAGACCAAUGACUCAGAGGGACAGAAACACAAACGCAAAAAAUUCAGACAAAAGCAGUAAUGUUUAAAAGGUUUUUAUUAAAUUAUACAAAAACAUGCAAUUA